AUGGAUCUUUUCUUUUUCCUAGGUGCUUUCUUCCUCUUCUGUUUGAUGUUAAUCAAAAUUGUAAAGAAAUCCAAGACUGUGAAGCUUCCACCAGGGCCAAGAAAAUUGCCUAUAAUAGGCAACAUGCAUCAGCUUAUCAGCUCGCUGCCUCAUCGAAUCCUAGCAGACUUGGCCAAGAAAUAUGGACCCUUGAUGCAUCUUCAACUUGGUGAAGUUUCAACUGUAGUUGUAUCUUCUGCAGAUGCAGCAAAAGAUAUUCUGAAUACAUUUGAUGCCUUGUUUGCUAAUAGGCCCACUCUUCUUACAUCAACCAUACUCUUUUACAAUAAUACUGAUAUUAGCUUUUCUCCAUGCGGCGAUUAUUGGAGACAACUACGCAAGAUUUGCACGAUGGAGCUCCUAACUGCAAGGCGUGUCCAGACUUUCCGAUCGAUAAGGGAAGAUGAAGUCUUAAAUAUGAUCAAAUCAAUCUCUUCACAAGAGGUAGCGGUUGUCAAUCUUACGGCUAAGUUUCGCUCUCUGACAUUGAGCAUCACUACUCGGGCUGCUUUUGGCAAGAGAAGUAAAUACCAUGACGAGUUCUUGUCACUUAUGGACGAUGUUGUGAUGUUGAUGUCAGGGUUUAACAUCAUGGACAUGUACCCUUCUUUCAAGAUUCUCGAGAGAAUUACUGGAAUUAGGCAUAAGCUGGAGACAUUACACAAAAAGAUUGAUGAAGUACUUGAAAACAUUCUCAAUGAGCACAGAGUCAAAAGAGCAGAAUGGAAACCUGAAAAUGGAGAAGCAAAGCAGAAUCUGCUUGACGUUCUUCUAAAUGUUCAACAAUCUGGGGAAUUUGGAGCCCCACUUGCCGACAACAAUAUCAAGGCAGUCAUAUUUGAUAUUUUUGCUGCUGGUGGGGAGACGUCGCCAACAACUAUGGGAUGGACAAUGGCUGAAAUGAUUAAAAAUCCAACAGUAUUCAGAAGAGCACAAGAUGAGGUACGACAAAUUUAUGGUGAAAUGGGCAAUGUUGAUGAGUCGCGACUUCAUGAAUUGAAAUACUUGCAUGCCGUUAUUAAAGAAGCUUUGAGAUUGCACCCUGCCGCUCCACUACUACUUCCAAGAGAAUGUAGUGAGAAAAGUGAAAUUCAGGGAUAUGAAAUCCCUGUCAACACAAGAAUCCUUAUUAAUGCUUGGGCAAUUGGUCGAGAUCCGCAGCACUGGACAGAACCUGAGAAAUUCUUCCCAGAGCGGUUUCUUGAUUCUGAAAUCGAUUUCAAGGGAACAACUUACAAUUACAUACCAUUUGGUGGGGGAAGAAGGAUGUGCCCUGGCAUAGCAUUUGCUCUUCCUGUCAUCGAGCUACCUAUUGCUCAACUGCUCUACCACUUUGAUUGGAAGCUCCCUAAUAAUGACCUGCAGCAAGAACAACUAGACAUAGCUGAGGUCUUUGGCGUCGUCGUCAGGCCAAAACAGGAUCUGCUCUUGAUUCCCAUUCCUUACCAUCAUUCUUCUAUCUGA